UAGAAAUAGUGCACUCAAACUAACCUGGUGUCAAUCCAGUGCGGUGUUGUCACAUAUAUUAGCACCGCGCGGUGUAAAUUCCCCCCAUUAACACCGCGUGGUGUCUAUAUGUGACAACACCGCACUGGAUUGACACCAGGUUAUUUUGAGGGUGGAAUAUUCAUAUUUUGGUGGUCAUAUUUAGAUUAUAAAAUAAAUUUUGAGUUUUUCCCUAUCAAUUCUCAGUUUUAGAGUUAUAUAAAAAGCAGGAGUUUUAAAUACAUUAUUUAAAAAGAUAAGGGUGGAAUAUGAGUGAUAUGUCGGGAAGGAUGGAAAAAUCUGAAAAUAGGGAAAGUUCGGUUUCCGAAAUGACGUCAAAACCAGACUGGAAGGGAAGUCACUACGAUCGAGUAUUGAACCUUUUUCUCACGGGAUAUCAAAGUGAUUUGAUUCUCCAUCUGGGAAGUGAAGGGUUAAAGAUUCCCGUCCACCGAAUAUUUCUCCUCACCGGGUCACCAGUGCUGAACGAAAUGCUCAAGAAAACCGGGGCGGAUCUAAUUAUUAAAGACGACGUGGAUAUUCGAAUUUUCAGGAUGCUACUCAAGUAUUUGUACACCGGAGAGACUGACGUGGAAAUGGCGGAUGCCCUUCACCUAAUGCAGCUCGCAAACAAAUAUCAAGUCCAGGAUUUGCGAGACCACUGCGCCACUGUUUUGGAGGGGGAUUUGACUUUAGAAAAUGUGCUUUCUUUGUUUGAAUGUGGGAUGGAAUACGCUCACGGGGACUUUAUCCAGUCCACGCUCAAAUUCAUUUGCAAGAAUGCAAGAAAAAUUUUGAAAUCUGAUCACUUUACCACGCUUCGACUGGACUGUUUAAUCGAAGUUAUUCAACAGGAUUCACUCCAAGUCGGGAACGAAAUAGAGGUGUUUGAAGCAGUGUAUCGAAACGAGUACCUACCAUCCAACCAGAUUGGUCACCUUAUGCAAACUAUUCUUCACCCUAGUCGAGGCCUCCAUGUGAGAGGUUCCCCUCUUGAUGGCCACGGCGGGAUAACUUUUCCCGUGUGAAACCCCAUUCCUCGGAUCCUUCCUAACAUGCUCAUUUCCCUCGUGGAGAAACAUCCUGUUCGACUUGUGCAUAUUCCUGUUCGAAUUUAUGACCAUAGUCGUUGCCACAGUGCAGUACUCCUCGUUCACGCUGGUAACCUAGAUUCUUAUUUUGUACACAGAAUGUAGCUCUUUGUCUAACAAAGAAUUCACCAGUUUUGGCGAAUCGUUGCUUAGUUGGUGCGAAUUACAAGUCUUGGAGAAAGUUGUUAGCAGCAUUGCCAGGUGGCGCCUGCUGCCCGGUGUAAUUCUGAUCGUGCCCAUUAUCCAGAUUCUGAGUAGCUUCGAAACCGUGAUGCUCCUUCGGGAGGGUGAGGCCCUUAAUGGAAUCAUGUUUUUUCACAAUUUACGCAGACCGCGUUACUUUCACGCUACUAAUUUUAAGCCCGGCUGCGCAACUGCUGUGUCAACUGGGAAAUGGUGGGCAUCCUCGUGGAGUGGUGGGAAGGUUGGACAAGGGAAGUAUUACAGACGGGUGGUGAGAUCGUUAAAACCGGUGAAAGUACGAUUUGCAGACAACUUUGUGGAUCACUUGAGUCCAUUAAUACUUCAGGAGUUUUACGCCCAACAGACGGGUUCUCUACUGCUUUUUGCGCACUCACAAUAAAAAUGCGAAAAUAAUAAAUGAACUAUACAGAGUGGUUUAAAUGUCAGGUUACAAUGGAAAAUUUUCCAUUGUAAACUGACAUUUAUAAUAAUCUGGC